GCUUUCGCCGAGAGAGGGAGGGAGGAGCUCUCCUGGAAAGGAGAUGGGCGUGGCUCCCUCGCUCCCCAUUCAUUCCGCCCGCGUGGGUGGGCGUGGCUUCCCCUUGGCCGCGCCCCCGAGUGGGCGUGGCGGGCAGGCGCCCCAGAUUCUUGCCAAGGGAGACGGGUAGGCGCCAUGCGGAAAGGGGUGCGCAGGGGUCGGCCGGGGAUGGGGGGCUUUCAAAGGGAGCUGGUGCCCGACAGCCCCCCUGCAGCCCCCAAGCCGGGCGCGACCCGGCGCCUUUGGCUCUCUCUGCUGCUGGCCCUGGCUGCUGGCUCUGUGAUGGGGCUCUGCCUGCUCUGGCAGGUGGGAGCAGAUCCAGCCUUGGAGGACGUGCAGCUUCGGGAGGAGGCGCAGGAGGAGCUGUUGCGGGGCGCCCAGCUGAAGCACAAGCCCCAAAGUCUUUCUGGUAGCCAGCUGAAAGGCCUGGCCUCCCUGGUCAAUCUUCAGCGCCUUUGGAGUAGUUACCUGCAACCUAUCCUGGUCGAGAGAUACUCUGGCAGCCUGGGGAACAAGAGAGUCCGCCAGUUCAUCGUGGAAAAGCUCAGGGUGCUGGGCGCUUCCUGGCAGGUAGAGCUGGACUCUUUUGAAGACCGGACGCCACAUGGCACCGUCAGCUUUGCCAAUGUGGUGGCUACGUUGGACCCCGUGGCCCCCUGGCGCCUGGUGUUGGCCUGCCACUAUGACUCUAAGUACUUCCCCCACGACAGGCACGGCCGGGCCUUUCUGGGGGCCACGGACUCGGCAGUGCCCUGCUCGAUCCUGCUGGAGCUGGCGACAGCGCUGGACAAGGAGCUGCUGAAAGCCAAGGAGCGGGGCUCCAAGGUGAGUCUGCAGCUGCUGUUCUUUGACGGGGAGGAAGCGUUCAAGGAGUGGAGAGAGAAGGAUUCUCUGUAUGGGGCGCGUCAUUUGGCGGAGCGCAUGGCCAAGGCCCCACAUCGUGAAGGCAUCACCCAGCUCCAGGCUAUCUCUCUGUUUGUCCUGCUGGACCUGCUGGGGGCACGGCAGCCAACCAUCCAGAGCCAUUUCCCCAAUACAGCCCUUUGGUUCAGAAGGCUGGUUGGCCUUGAAAAGCAGCUACACCGGCUAGGUCUCCUGGAGUCCCACCUGACGGAGCAGCUGUAUUUCCACCAAGACUCCUACUAUGGCCCCGUGGAAGACGACCACAUUCCCUUCCUCCGGAAAGGUGUUCCAGUCCUUCACCUCAUCCCCACCCCCUUCCCUGCUGUGUGGCACACCUUAGAAGACACGGAGGAGAAUCUGCACCCACCCACUGUUGAGAACUUCUGCAAGAUCCUGGCUGCUUUCCUGGCAGAAUACCUGUGGCUGUAGGUGGAAGGGACCCUCCUAACCUAGAAGCCUUUUUUGGUCAAACAAGAUAUGGAACAGCCUUAAGAUAUGUCCGGUUUAAGAGAAGGCAAACUUUGCCUGCCAGAGACCCAAUCUGUGGACCUUGGAGAAAAAUGUGGCUUGCGGUCCAAGGGGAGUGUGAUGUGGGGAGAGGUGGCAUGUCAAAUGGAAGAGCUACAGACUCCUGUAUGGGGUAUUAAACCCUAGGCCCUCUGGACGAAUUGUGAUCAGCCAGGCAAGAGAACCAAAGUCUUGCUUGUGGUCUCCAAGAUGGUGCAAAUGAAGGUUUGGGGUGGAAAGGUAGGGGAAGAGAACCAAGGAACUUCCUUCUUUCCUGGGAGAUGUUCUUGGCAGAAUAAACAUUGCCAAAGAUUUGGAGGCAGCCAGGCCUCUUUGCUGUGGUUCACUGUAGCUCUUCCUGGCUGGGUGGUUUAUAGGUCAUUUGUUGAUGGAGUUCCUAGGCAAAGCAGUUUCUUGGGGAAAAAAUGAUAACCUGUCCCUGAUCAAUAACCCCACAGGGUGCAUGAUGAUAAUCAUGCCUCUCUUGAACCAUUUUGAAAAUGGAGACGUGGUUAACUGCUGCUUUCCAGAAGUGUCCAAACCCCCCGUUCACUGGUUCCGUGGGCUGUUAGAAACGUGGCUUUUUACAUGCGGCAGUGACACGAUUCAGGGAUAACCAUUUGCACUCUGAUCUCAGGUACUUAAAAUGGAGGUUUUUUGAGGCAGCUGGUUUGACUGUGAUGGGGACAGCAAGAUGUCCAAAGUGGUCUUGGCUACCUAACUCUGCCCUCCAACCCAUUCUGUUUUGUAUUAAGCAAAACGGGUCUGUCUUAUCUUUUAAUAUUUAUUGUUUAAGUCUUAAGGCCACUUCAGAGAUGGCAACUUUCCAACAGGGAAAACGCUUGCGUGUGUUGUAGAGGCCCUCAUGCAACCUCCAUAUGAGUUGUACCUUACAUCUCUCUUGGACACAUGAAGCUUUGGGACUUGUGAAGUGGCUCUGAGGCCUGCACUAGACACAGACUCCUGAGCUGGUAGUGUAGAAUGCAAUUUCUGAAUGUCCUCUCUAUUUUUUUAAAAAGCAUCUCUGCAAGUAAAAAACCUAGCAAAUCAAGGAGUUUCUAGUUCAGUCCUUGCUAUGCUAGCUUUCUGCUUGCCAGGAGUUAUUCUUUUUUUAAAAAAAUGUUGGAAAACAAUCUGGAGUGAUAUAAACCAUUCUUCUUCCACGUUCCUGUCUCCUCUUGCUGUUCCCUCAAAUGGCUCGCUAAACAAGUAUCACAAUAAAAUCUUGUGCAUUUCUGCUCUUUCAUCUAG